AUGGUCGCUGAUACCACCUACUACGAUGCUCUGGGUGUCCAGCCCACAGCCACCGAGCUGGAGAUCAAGAAGGCCUAUCGCAAGCUGGCCAUCGUAACACACCCCGAUAAGAACCCCGGCGAUGAGACCGCCCACGAACGCUUCCAACAGAUCGGUGAAGCCUACCAAAUUCUGAGCAACGAAGAUCUCCGCAAACGAUAUGACAAGUUCGGCAAGGAAGAGGCCCAGCCGAGUGGAGGUUUCGAGGACCCAUCCGAGUUUUUCAGCAUGAUCUUCGGCGGCGAGGCCUUUGUCGACCUGAUCGGCGAGAUCUCCCUCAUGAAAGACUUGACCGCGACGAUGGAUAUUACCAUGCAGGAGAUGGAGGAAGAGGAAUUGGCCCAGUCCGCCGAGGAGAAGCUACACGUCCAUGACGAGGAGGUUAAGGCCGGUGAAGCCGAACAUCCCGCCGAGCGCUCUAGCGAUGCCGCCCCUGCCUACACGGAGAAGCCGUCUGCUUCGGAAUCCACAUCCGCCUCCACCCCCGCCGGUCCGGAGAAACCCUCGGCUUCGACUACCUCUGUCCCAAGCUCCGGUACCAGCACCCCCCGACGGAACUGGGGACAACAGGCGCUGAUGGACCGAUCCGAGGAGGAGGCGCGCAUGGAUGCAGCUGGUCUGUCCCAGGAAGAGAAGGAGCUUCGCAAAAAAGAGAAGAAGAAGGGGCUGUCGAAGGAGCAGCAGGAGCGCCUUGCCGCCUUUGAGGAGGAGCGGAAAAAGGCCCGCGAGGAACGUGUCAACACUCUCGCCAACAAGCUGGUGGAUCGCCUCAGUGUGUGGACUGAGACUGAUAAGAACCUCGAUGUCACCCACGCCUUCGAGGAGAAGAUUCGGUUGGAGGUGGAGAACUUGAAGAUGGAGUCCUUUGGUCUGGAGAUCCUCCACGCUGUCGGUGCCACAUAUGUGCAGAAGGGUACUUCGUUCUUGAAGUCACAGAAGUUCCUGGGUAUCUCGGGAUUCUUCUCGCGUCUGAAGGACAAGGGCACCCUGGCCAAGGAGACCUGGACCACCAUCUCCACGGCUAUCGAUGCUCAAAUGACCAUGGAGGAGAUGGCCAAGAUGGAGGAGCGUGGCGGCGAGGACUGGACUGAUGAGAAGCGGGCGGAAUAUGAGAAGAAGGUCACCGGCAAGAUCCUGGCUGCGGCCUGGAGAGGUAGCAAGUUCGAGAUCCAGAGUGUCCUGCGCGAGGUCUGCGACCAGGUUCUGGGUGACAAGCGCAUCCGUUUGGAGAAGCGGGUGGAGCGUGCCCACGCUCUGGUCCUGGCAGGUAACAUUUACGCCAAGGCUGCGCGUGACCCCGAAGAAGAGGGCGAUUACAUGGCGUUCGAACAGCUGAUGGCGGACUCGAUGAAGAAAUCCGAAACCAAGGAUAAGAAGAAGAAGGAGAAGAAGAAGCACAGCCACGAUGAGACCGAGGCGGAGGAGAAGCCGGCGGUUUAG